UGCAGACUUGUCUCCCCACCGUGAUCACCACACUACCCGUCUAAUCCUGUGGUAUCCUGCUUUCUUGACUCUGCUUAAUACGACACGCGGCAAGUACUGUUAUACAGCUGUCCAUACAAGCUGGACUUUUACCACACACAAAUACCAUAAGCAUGAGCUCUCGAGGCGGAAGGCAAUCAAUGUCGGAGCUACGGUAUCGUCGGCUGCUGGAGCACAACCAGCGCCUUCGGGAAGACUUGGCAAGGCCAAGAAUCCGCGUUAGUGAAGCUGCCGCCAGUUUAAUCCGCUACUGCAAGACGACGAAAGAUCACCUUGUUCCGUCCGUGUGGGGUCCAGUCACCAAGGCGGACGACGUAUACGGUCAACAAAAGUCUGGAGGGGGCUGCUGUUCAAUACAAUAGCCGGGACGGUUUUGCGAAUCUUCAUUCGCCCACUCGCCCAUCUAUAUGAUAGCGCCCAAUACAGUUCUCGUUUAUACCGCUGCAUCACGAUGUGGACACACUGCUUCACUGACCCCAAUAGUUUUCAUCUCCUACGUGUACCUAUAUUCAACCUUUCAUUAACAUGUAACAAACUCUACACUCUGCUUUCGAUG